AGCCAUUAGACAUUAGUAAAGGUCCGGGAUAGGCCGCUGGCAUGUAUAUUUGCAGUGAUGAUGUGUUGUGUGGCAGGUGGGCAUGAUGUGUGCGAUGGUGGUGUCGGAGCAGGUGCCGGGCGCGCGCAACACGCGGGCAUACUGCGCGGCGCGAGUACUGCUGCGCGUGUUCGGUGUGGGCAGCGUCUGCAUUGCGGUCACUAUGGCGCUCGAGCGAUACCUCGCGCUCACAAGGCCCUUCCUCUACCAGAAGCAAGUGACGUACUACGUGAUCCGCACGGCGCUGCUGGUGUCGUGGGCGUGGGCGGCGGCCCUCACGUGCGCGCCAGUACUGGGCCUCGGUCUUUACUACGACGAGGCCAACCGCUGCUGCACGCGCUACCGCAACGCCAUCACCCCCGUCGACUUUGCCUACGCCGUCUUCUACGUCGCCUUCGGCACGCUGCUGUGUGCGGUGCUGGUGUACUGCAACCUGGCGGUGAUCCGCGCGCUAUACGCCAUCACGCUGGGUGGUGGCACAGUGCGGCGUGUGUCGCGCACCAGCUGUAGGCGGCAGGCUGGUCGGCCUCCAGGCGCGCCGCCCGCGCCCCACAACGCCGCCACAGCAGAAGAGGUCGCCUUUAGCCGCCUCAUGGCCACGCUCUCCGUGCUCUUUAUGAUCUGCUGGCUGCCGCAGAUGGUGACGUCCGCGCUGUACCUGGCGUUGGGGCCGACGGCGUGGAGCCGGCUGGCCUCGCUGGGCGCGCUUAGCGACGUUCUCAUGCUGCUCAAUUACGUGCUGGAUCCCGUACUGUACGUGCUCAUGCGCCAGCGCCGCCUCCUUUCCUGGCCGCUCUAUUUACAAAGUGCGGUUGCAUUAUACGGAUAA